ACCAAUCAACAGUAAACUGUCACUUUGCUAAAAACCGACGCGGUUAGCGGCUUCUCAUUUUCAGCAAAUCUUCGUAAAUAAAUAAACUACCAAAAUGGCGGCGGCAAUGCCUAUCAACCCCAAACCCUUCCUAAACAGCCUAACAGGAAAGUCAGUUUUAGUGAAACUAAAAUGGGGACACGAAUACAAAGGUCUUUUAGUUUCUGCUGACGGUUACAUGAACUUACAGUUGGCUAAUACAGAAGAACUUGUCGAUGGAUCUUGUACAGGUAAUCUUGGAGAAGUCCUAAUUAGAUGUAACAAUGUUCUCUAUGUAAGAGGGGCUGAAGAAGAAGAUGAAGAAGGUGAAAUGAAGGAAUAAUUACACAACUUGUAUGUCACUUUUCCAAAUAAAAACAUUGCCAAAUUA